AUUUACCACAACACUAACCAAUUCAAUAUUAACAACCAAACUCUCUCUCUCUCCCAACCCAAAGACAACACAACACAGUCACUCUGUUUCAAACUACCAACAAAAGAUUUCAUUUCGCACUAACCAACAAGCUCGUCGUGGUCGUCUUCAUCAUCAUCAUGAAGCAAAAGGUGGUCAUCAAGGUAGCACUAAACGACCAGAAAUGCCGCACCAAAGCCCUUAAGACUGCAGUUGGAGUUGAUGGAGUAACACAAGCAUCACUUCAGCAGGAGAAGAGCCAAAUAGAGGUUACGGGAGAGGACAUCGAUGUGGUUUUGCUGACCACUCUGCUCCGAAAGAGCUUAAAACGUGCGGAAGUGGUGAGCGUGAGCCCUGUUGAGAAGAAAGAAGAGAAGACAACAAGUGAAGUUGCUCAGCUUCAGCCUCAUCCUCAUCCUUUCUUUACCCCUAUCACCUAUUACGAAGUGUCAGACCAUCAACCCUCUUGCUCUAUUAUGUAAUUUCAUCUCACAGACACAAGGCACAAAAAGGAUUCUCUUUACUCUCCCCUCCUCUCCUCUCCUCUCCUCAUAUAUAUAUCAUGUUAAAAUUCUGAUAAUGUUUGAUGUGUUACGAUCUUUGUCAGGGUGAUAAACUUAUUAAUUAGCUAGUAAUUUUGAUUAUAUACUAAAUUUAUAAUCGAGAGCUAAUUUUGUAAAGAAUAAGUUAUAGGUGUUAUACCUGAAUUGAACUAUUGCACUUAUCUA